AUAUGAUAUGUGACCGAUUACAAGAACAGUAGAGUGUAAAUAUUCUAUGCACCAAAUCCAUGCAAUAUAUUUCUCACCAAAAAUAAACCCAAAAAGCAUAUUUGAUGGAAACCCAACAUUGCCUUAUUGGUAGAUAAUAAUAAUAUCAUAUAUUUAUGUGUAUCAAUCUCUAUCUUUUUAAAGCCAUAAGCUUUCUUUUACUCACCCACCAUCUCUUUUCCCCUCCUCCCAUGGCUAAGUAGGUAGCUUUCCUUACAAAUGUCAACACCUUUAAUAACUUGUUUCCAACAACUCCUCUACUAAGAUAUAUACUUAACCAUUUCUCACCACAUUCCCUUUCCCCCCUUUCCCCCCUUUCCCCUUCAGAUUCCUAACAAAUUUAGCAUCUUGGGUCUCUUUAAAACCUCUCCAAAACCCCUAAAACAAUUUAUGUUUUUGUUGGGGGGGGGGCUUUGGUUCCAUCUUUGAGUGUGUGAUCAUGUAGAAACACUGGGGCUCUUACAUGCAUGUAAAUGGAAUUUAACAAGAUGCAUGAUGAUGAUGAUGAUGAUAAUAAUGAUGAUGAAGAAGAAGCAGAAGAAGAGGAGGAGGCCCCAAACCACAACAACAACAGCAACAACAACAACAACAACAACAACAACAAAACCAAGAUCAACAAACCCUAUUCUCCUCCUCCCUUGGAUCUAUCUCCUUUCUCCAAACCCCUCCUCUCGCCCUCCGCCUCGCUCCUCCGCCCCCACGGCGCUGGCGCCGGAGGAGGAGGCGGCGGCGGCGGCGGAGGAGGAGGAGGAGGAGGUGGCGGGGGAGGGGGGAGGUAUAGGGAGUGCCUGAGGAACCACGCGGCGUGCCUCGGGGGGCACGUGGUGGACGGGUGCGGGGAGUUCGCGCCCGGGGAGCGCUUCCCGAUGAAGUGCGCGGCGUGCGGGUGCCACCGGAGCUUCCACCGGCAGCUGGACGCGGCGGAAGCGGCGGCGGCGGCGGCGGCGGCGGGGGCGGGGGCCGAAGCGCGGAACGGCCGGAUGUGCGUCGCCGGUGACGUCCCCCGGUCGCUGCUGCUCCCCGAUCCCGCCGCCGCUCUCCCUUGCUUCCCCAACAACUUCCCCCCCCCUCCUCCUCCUCCUCCUCCUCCUCCUCCUCCUCCGCAUCGCUUACCCAGCACCGUCCGCAACAACCUCCCCCGCGUGGUUCUCCCCACUCCCCCUCCCCUCUCCGCCACCGAGCCCCCACCACCGCAUCGCCCUCGCCCUCGCCCCCGCCCCCGCCGCCGCUCCCCCAAGAAACCCCCCCAAAUCGCCCCCGCCGCCGAUCGGGCUCCGGCUCGGGCUCCGGCGCCGGCGGCGGGGCUGGCGCUGGCGGCGGGGCCGGCGGCGGCGGCGGGGAAGAAGAGGUACCGGACGCGGUUCACGGCGGAGCAGAAGGAGCGGAUGGUGGGGUUCGCGGAGACGGUGGGGUGGCGGCUGCAGAAGGGGGACGAGGCGGCGGCGGACGCGUUCUGCGCCGCCGUCGGCAUCAGCCGCCAGGUCCUCAAGGUCUGGAUGAACAACAACAAGCAAACCAAGCGCCCGCAGAAAAGCCCGAACAAGGCGGCGGCGGUGGCGGCGGAGGAUGAGGCGGCGGUGGCGGCGGAGGAUGAGGAGGAAUUGGAGGAGGAUGAGGAUGAGGAGGAGAACGAAGGGGACUAGAGAGGUAUAAAAUUUUUCUCGUGUUGAUUCUCGUCAUGAUGAUUAGUAUUACUGCUGUUAUUAUGCUCAAUCAAUCACUGAUUUAAUCCUCCUCAUUGUGCCUGUUAGUGUUGUUGUUGUUGUUGUUGGUGAUGAGUUUAGUAAAGUAGGAACAAACCCUAGAGUGCCUAGACAAAUGGUGAUCAUCUUAGUAGCCUUUGAGUUAGUGUGUAAAUACUCUUGGAUCAAUAUGCUAAAGCAUUUCCUUUCACAUUGGUGCUCUGU